CAUCACCACUUGAACACCAUCGCACACGACCGACGAUCCGCCGACAAGCUGCAGCGCCCCUCCGCGACUCGAAUACAUCUGGUCAAACGCGCUGCUGAGCAGUGGUCGGCGACUGACGGAAGAUGCGCGUGAGCUGGUGACAGCACGCGUUUUGGAGAAGCGGCAGUCUCACGUACUCACCUACGAGCAUUGAACGAAUACCACACGACGACUGAGCACUGCGCACCUCACGACAACGAUGCCGGCUCAACGGCCACGGGCAUCGUUCGAGCCCAUCGCCCCUGACUUCGAUCUAAAAGCACUGGUCGAGUCCACGCCGAACUUCCAGUAUGUCGACCGCAUCAGUUGCGAGAUGAUCGAUCAACAAGGCUUGGCUGCCUUUGAAAAAUUGGUUCUGUUACAUGUUGUUGUUGGGGGCAAGCCGCUCGUCAUCGAUGGCUUCGAAGACCGCCUGGACCCGUGGACAUUCACAGCGAAGUGGCUGCGUGACAACUGCGGUGACAAGGUGGAGCAUGCUCGCAAUCUCACUGCAAAGGAGAACCUCCCGCUCACCAUGGGACAUUAUUUGAGGAACAUGGGACUCCUCACAAACCAAUUCUUCGACAAGCCUGGCGCCUAUCGUGAGAAGAACCGCCAACGAGUAUAUCUCAAAGAUAUUGAUUGUCCUGCUGUGUGGUGGGACAAGUUGAAAGAGCAUCUGCCUGCCGCUCUGACAUACCUUAACGACAGCACCGGAGAAAUUGGUGGACCAGGAGCCAAACCAGAUCCGACGAGCGCGGCACCUGGUCGCAGACUUGGCAAGGGCAUUGCAAGAGCUGGUGACCUAAUGAGCUCGCUCCCACUUGAUAUGCGAGCAGAGAACUUGAUGUGCUACAUUGGUCAUGAGGGGACAUAUACACCGGCCCACAGAGAGAUGUGCGCUUCAUUGGGCCAGAACAUCAUGGUCGAGGCUUCCAACACUGUGUCUGACGAUGGCAAGGCUGAGAAGCCAGGCUCGUCCAUCUGGUUCAUGACAGAAUCGAAAGAUCGACACACUGUGUCAGAAUACUUCUUGUCGGUCCUCGGUCAUGACAUUGAGGUCGAAAAUCACUUUGCUCAGGUCGUUGCAUGGAAGAAAGCACCUUUCACCGUCUAUGUUGUUGAGCAAAGACCUGGAGAUUUUAUUCUCAUUCCGCCUCUCGCUCCCCACCAAGUUUGGAAUCGUGGAACACGCACGAUGAAAGUGGCCUGGAAUCGCACGACUGUUGAGACCUUGGAGAUGGCACUGAACGAAGCGAUCCCGCGAUCCCGGAUCGUAUGCAGAGACGAGCAGUACAAAAACAAAGCCAUCAUAUACUACACCCUGCAGAAAUAUUCGAGCCUCCUCUUAGACGCCCAACGCCAAACAGCGAUGAUGCCAAGAGAUGCAGUGCAUUCUUUCCUGUAUUCCGGCAAGAUCAGGCAAUUGAUCAAGGACUUCAAACGCUUGUUCGCGCUGUACAAGCAAAUGCUACUUACAGAAAUGUUCUCUCCCGAAGAUCGCGACUCCCCUAAGAAUAUCGAAUAUUUACCCUUUGACAGCAACGUCACUUGCGCGUAUUGCCGAUGCAACAUCUUCAACCGAUUUUUGACUUGCCCUUGCUGCAAGGAUAUGCUUGGGCACCAUGCUGAUGCCGAAGAUGGAGAUCCUUACGAUGUAUGUAUGGACUGCUAUGCGAUGGGCCGUUCAUGCUACUGCAUAAGCGGCUUGAAAUGGGUUGAGCAAUUCAAGUGGAAAGAACUGGUCAGCAAGUACGAAGGCUGGCGUAAGAUGAUCAUUGAGUUGGAUGGCGGCCAGAUCACGGACAAGACGCCACUCUCACUUCUCGAAGAGCGUAGGCGGUAUGGAAAGAAGACUCUUGCAGAGGUCUGCAAAGACCAGUUGAAGCGACGCCCGUUCAAAGACCCACACAAGUCAGAUGAACCAAAGGAGGACGACGAGUCCGAGGAAGAGAUCGUAGUCGGCGAUGACGGCACAGUCAAGAAAGUCACCAAGAAGAAGAGCAAGUCAUGGCUCAAGAACAACAAGCCGUGUCAUGUCUGCUGCCACAGGCAUCCUGUAUGGAAAAUGGCGCAGUGCACGACCUGCGACCGUGCCUGGUGCUACGGAUCUCUCUUCCGCGGUUGGGACAAAAUGCCCCUAGAGAUUAUGGAGAACCCAGACUGGUCGUGCCCGCACUGUCUAGGAAUUUGCUUCGCCGGCGCUUGCAAACGUGAAGGCAAGAUGCAACCUUACGAGCCGAAGGGCACUCUGCUUGGACACGACACGAAGAAGGUCGCCGAUGUGCGCAGCACAGAAGCACUCGUCGACUUUUCCGUCAGCAACCUGAAUUGGUUGAAAGAGGAUGAGCAAGGCAACAAGUUGGACACGCGCCGCCUGAAGCGAGCUCGUGCAGAGGCGGACCGUGAGAAAGACCAAGAUCCCAAUGUCAGCGACGAUGGAGGCGAUGUUGACGAGACACAAGUCGCCAUGGAGUACUCUCCGGUGGAUGCUGGUCCUCUGGAUCCCGCUCUGGGAGGCGAGCCUAUCGCUUCAAGCAGUCGGCACAACAACCUUGGUGAUCUGGACGACGAAGCAGCUCUUGCUCGGAGGCUGCAAUUGGCAAAUGCUUCGCUACCUGGACCUGCCGGCAUGGUCGCGGGUGCACCUGUCAGCGGCGUUCCGGAUGGCUAUGCUCCUCUCACGGCAGCUGGUUAUGCCGGAUAUGCACCAGAAGCUUCAAUGUAUCCCGAACCCGAAGGAGACAACUCGUAUCACUACCCCAUCCGGAAUGGCGACAAUUUCGACGAGACGCCUGGAAAGAAGGGCAAGGGGAAGAAACGCAAGCAGGUCCGCGGAACUGGCGAAGAGGAGGACGAAGACGAAGAUAUCGCUAUGUCGAAGGCACCGAAACAGAAGAAGCCGCGACUGAUGGCGGCAGGAUUUCGCUCACACGACCUCGCCGAGGAGGCCGUCGGUGCAUCGGCAUCCAAAGCAAAGAAUGAGGCACAGCGCCAAUUCGAGAAGGAGAAAGAGCGUAAAGCGCUAGACAAGGCGAAAGCCGAAGGUCGCUUCAUCAUGUUGCAAGCUGCCAUCAAGGGCAAGAAGCGUAUCGUAAAACUCCCAAUACCUGGCAACCGGCUAGCACAGGUCAUCGCGCAGCAGGCAGCAAAGGCUGCCUUUUCUGCGACAAAUGGGCCUGACGCGGACGCUGAGCACGAAAUGGAAGACGGAGCUCAAGACGAGGAGCAAGAUACCAGUGGCUUGCUGUUGAAGUCCGACAUUGCACCCAAGAGGAACCCAACAGAGGCCCGAGAGCAGCGACUACGUGACGGCAUAAUCGUACAUGGGGGCGCUAAGAAGGCAUUGGUUCCCGUGGAGAAGGAUGACAACUAUGGCUAUGUGUAUCGCCAGAGGUUGCCGAAUGGUCAAAGAGUUAGGCGCGAUAUGAGCAAACCGCAACCAACGCUGGCCAGCAGCAAAUCACGCCGAAAGAGCCAAAAGAAGGCGACAAUGUACGAGGAGGUCGACAUCGGCUCAGACGAUGACGAUUUCGAAGAGGGCACUUCCUUUGUCGCAAUCAACAGUACAGCUGGGAGGAAUCGUCGCUCCCUCCCUGGCUAUCUUCAAGACCGCCACGAAGACGAUGAUGAAGAUGCCCCUUCCGCACUGCCCGAUGACCAUCGAGAUCGUCCCGCUAAGCAGCGACCGUAUUCAACGCAGCGCAAGCGUCAGAGUAUCAGCGAAGCAGAUGCGCAGCUUCAGCAGGAGACACAAGAUGCUGCUGCUACUCCCUCUCUUGUAAGGCCAGCUGCUUCGUCGUCGAAGAAAGCGGCCGGCAGACCUUCUUUCGCCGGCAAAGGGCCUGUAAUGCGGCCAUCGAAUGCUCAAGAACCCAUCACGAUCGAAGACGAUGGCGAGACGAGUGACGAAGACAUUGACGCGACCGGAGGGGCCCCGAAUGGCAGCACUGUGAAUAGCACGCCAGCCACGAAUGGUUCAACCUCCCGACCUACGUCGACGGGCAAACCGAGGGGCAGGCCGUCGAAGCCUCUCGGAAACAAGACUGCCGCUGCUGCGGCGGCGGCGGCGAAGAAGGCCGAAUUGGACGCUCAGCGCAAGGCUGCUGAGGAUGCAGAACAGCAACGCCAGCAAGCAGAGGCCAAUAGACUCGCGAAGUUGCAGGCAUUACAGAUGCUCGAAAGCGGUGACAUGGACUUCGAUCCAUUUGACAUGAACCGAGCCGGCGGCAGUACGAUGUUCGAUGAUGGUUUCGACGACGAAAGUGAUGACGGCGCGGACGAGAUUCCUGCACGGUAAACGUGGAGUGAGAAAGUUGAAGUUGUGAAUUGAAGAAAGAUUCGCAAGGUCAUAGCUUGGAGGACAGUAUACAACACGGACCAAGCCCAACACAGCGAAUUACUGCACACGAAGAGACAGCAGCAUCUUGAACAUCGUGUUAGCACCGCUCAGGUUGUACAGUAUUGCCCAUGAGGCAUUCUUGCAUUACAUUGCAUCGCGCUUUGGCCGUCUCUUGCUGCAGAAGAAAACAAAAAAUGCCAAAGCGUUCGCUCCCAAUGCAUCACCAUGAUCGGCUACCACCAGUAGCAGUCGGUUUCCAUCUCGUUCCCAACUGCCGCGCUCGAGACACGCGCCGAUCUGGCACUAAGCCACCACGCGAGCGACCCUGUUACGCCAUGUUUGUUUUCUCGAACGAAUAAGUCUGCCAAGUCAUGCAGCGAACACCAUCUGUGGCUUGCGGUUGUUGGCCGUUUAUGGUUUGGGCUGGGAGGCUAACAACCACAUGUUGUGGCGGCCCGCCAGUUACCUCCUCGUACCGAAAGCGCCUCUUACUUUUUGCUUCGCGAGUCAUGGACAUAAGUUUCUUGUCGUGUGCGUAGGGAGUAGGCUAACACGUGAAGCGACGACCUGGUUGUUUUAGAAGUUUGGUGAUGAUACACACAACGGCCGUUCGCGCGUUGCGUCUGUGCCGUACGUCAGACUAUGUUUCAGGGCUGUGAUCCUGCUCGCCUUUUUGUUCGUUUGGGGUCUGGUAGCAACGGACUAGGUGUGUUCUAGGUUUGGUGCGUGGCUGCCUUUGACGUUUGAUGAGACAGCUUGGUGAUGGAGCGGAGCGGCAGAGGCUGUGGUCACGGAUGUGGUACGGGACAUGUGUUCACUGCCGUGACACGGCAUGCCGAUUGGUCGGCAAUUGGACUUGGUGCCGUAUUUUCUAGAUUGUUCGCUCGGCAGGACGAAUUGACUGGAGCGCUGUAGAGG